AUGGCCAGCGCUACUAUCUCCCAACAACACCGAAUCUUCUACUGCUAUGCAAGCACCACCCAAAAUGGAGAAAAGAAAGAGAACACCAUCACCUUCGAGGCCAAGGACCAUGGCUUCAACGAAACCAAGUAUAUAAUGCAAGGCAUCAAGCCGGACAAUCUCAGAUCUCACUCUCCGCCGGGAGUCGGCUCCCUACACACAUGCAUCCAGACGUUCAUCUCGCCCAUCACCCCCGGUAACCCAGACAUAGACUCAAUAACUGGCCGGCCUCUAACCCACCGGCUAGCAUCAGGCGCUGUGGUCACCGAAGUGCCGGUAACGGGGUACUGGCGCCCUCGCAAAUUCGAGUUCAAGGGGAGACAGUUAUGUGUGGUUGAAGGAGGGGAGCAAACCAGGCUUUAUGAUUCGUCGAGAACAGUGGAGAAGCGGAAAUCGUCGGUGACGGGGUUUGAGACUGUUAAGCCGGCUCUCGCGAGUGAGUCGAUGCCGUUUUGGCCUGGGUUGUUUAUGAGUCGCUGUCUAGAGGUUAGGGUUGCCGAGGGGGUCGAGGAGGCGUUGCUGGAGGUCAUUCCGGCGAGGGCGUUGACUGAGAUUUGGGUCGCAAAACCGCCGAGGUUAUCCCGGCGCCAUAACAACGCACGAGAUGCCUCACUGCAGGUCAACAGUGACUUCUUCUUCUCCCUCCUCCUUUAA